GUGAGGGCUGCUGGGGGGUGGCAGGCAGCAAACCGGGGGAUGGGAGGAGACCAUCUCUGUGACAGCAGGGUUCGGGGAGAGUGGAUAUAGUGAAUGCAGGGACCGGGGAGAACAGAUAUAGUGAAUGCUGGGUCCGGGGAGAGCUGAUAUAGUGAAUGCAGGGUCUGGGGAGACCGGAUAUAGUGAAUGCAGGGUCCGGGGAGAGCAGAGAUAUAGUGAAUGCAGGGUCCGGGGGAGACCGGAUAUAGUGAAUGGAGGUUCCGGGGAGACCGGAUACAGUGAAUGCAGGGUCCGGGGAGAGUGGAUAUAGUGAAUGGAGGUUCCGGGGAGACCGGAUACAGUGAAUGCAGGGUCCGGGGAGAGCGGAUAUAGAAAAUGCGGGGUCCGGGGAGACCGGAUAUAGUGAAUGCAGGGGUCCGGGGAGAGCGGAUACAGUGAAUGCAGGGUCCGGGGAGA